AUGUCUCUCAAUGUAUGUAGUUUUCGUUCGUACUCAUUCUAGGGUCGAGAUGUCGGCGGUAUACAGUAUUAGAAUCGAAGCUGAUAUCAAUGCAACAGGAAGCUAGCUCCUCUGAGCCUCCAGCAAAACGAAUCACUCGUGCAGAUGAUUCUGUACCUGCCCAGUCUUCUCAAGAAUGUUCAAUCUGCCGCUGUGCUGCUAGAUUUGGCUGCCUCUAUUGCUCCUCGGCGCCUUACUGCUCUAUUGCUUGUCUCGAGAUAGGCCAAGCGACACAUGGAAGCCUCUGCCAACAGCUCAAUUCGUUCAUGACGGGUAGUGUUGUUGGUAUUGGUUCUAUCUACAAGUUCGAUUGGGAAAACAACGCAUUGUUGAAACUAUUGGAAGAUCGUACGCAUCUGCCGGGUGAUGCACCGCUUGUGGGUGUGAAGUUGUCACGCAAGCACGUCAAGAACCAUGAACCAUACGGGGAUAUCACAACCAAAGACCUCGAAAUGGUUGCAGAAUCACGAACCUGGCAAGGCAAAUUCCUAGGUCGAUCCGAAGUAGACCAAGCGAAUGGGCUGUUGGCAGGAAACUCGCUCUACGAGAGUGUUUAA